AAAAGGCCCAAAGAGGUGGCACGCACUCGUCAUCGUCUCUCUCUCUCUCUCUCUCUCUCGCCGGUGACGGAAUUCAAAAACACCCGCCUGUUAGCGUAGACAUAUCUCUCUCUCUCUCUCUCUCUCUCUCCGUCCCCAACUCUCGCUUGGUUUACGAUUCGAUUCGAUUCUUCUGCGCCUUUUUCUGGUUCGUGUUCGCUUUUUUGGGUGCUGCUCGCUCUCAACUUCUUAGGUGAAAUUGAUGAUUGGUUUCUGUGGUUCAGCGAUAAGAACAAGAAAACAGGGCGCUUUCUGUAGGUUUUGAGUUGAACUAUCGAUGGAGGCACGCCCUGCCAUUCGGAGAUCAGCUGCAAAGCAGCUUAGUCACAUGGGAGUGUCUGGAGCACUAUCUUCAUCUUUACCAGUCCUUCAACCCUCAUCGGAGGAGACGUAUCCCAAGUUGCAAGACACACAGCAGGUUUCGAUGGAAAGGCCUGUGGCACAAGCAGGUCACUUAACAUCUAACAGUGGCGUAGUUGGUCACAUAUUUUCAUCACCAUCAAGAUUCUCUACAGAUCUUCACUACUCAUCUGUUUCACCUCGUGAGAAGCAGUCAAGAAAUAAUCCUUUCAUUUCACAGUCCUCAAGUUCUGUGUCUAUGCCAUUACCACAUUCUUCUCCUUCAGGAGUUUUUCAAUCUACAGCAUCUUGUGCCUAUUCCAAAGAAAACAAUGGUUCCUGGGGUACAGAUUCUCUGCCAGGGUUCCUUGAUUUUCCUGUAAAUACCCCUGUUGAGAAUAGUCAAAUAGAGAGCAGUAGUUGUAGUGGCAUUCUGGCUGCUGAAGAUAUAAGUAAGCAAAAUGAUUGGCAGGAGUGGGCAAACCAGCUAAUUACCGAUGAUGAUGCUUUGACUUCUAACUGGAGUGACCUUCUUGUUGACAACAAUGUUACAGAUCUGGAACCAAAGAUGACAUACCAGGUUCCCAAACCAUCUUUGAAUUUUUCAGCUCAGCAGUCCCAAGUUUCUCAGCAACCUCCAUCUAGAGAAAUCCUUCCUGUUCAAUCUGAGGAUAUCAUUGCUGUUACUACUCCUUCCUCGGCUAACAGUGCCGCAGCGAAGCCGCGUAUGCGUUGGACACCAGAACUUCAUGAAGCUUUUGUAGAAGCUGUUAACCAACUCGGUGGUAGUGAAAGAGCAACUCCUAAGGGUGUGCUGAAGCUCAUGAAAGUGGAAGGCUUGACUAUCUAUCAUGUGAAAAGUCACUUGCAGAAAUAUAGGACCGCUAGAUACAGACCAGAGUCAUCAGAAGGAUCCUUGGAGAAAAAAUUGACUCCUCUCGAAGAAAUGACAUCUCUAGACUUGAAAACGGGUAUCGAGAUCACUGAAGCUCUGCGACUGCAGAUGGAAGUUCAGAAGCGGCUGCAUGAACAGCUUGAGAUUCAAAGAAAUCUACAGUUACGAAUUGAAGAACAAGGGAAGUACCUUCAAAUGAUGUUUGAAAAGCAAUGCAAGUCAGGUGGUGACAAGCUGAAUGCUUCAUCAUCCAGUUUGGACGAUCCGUCUGCUCAGCCUUCAGAGGCAAUGCAAGUUUCUCCUGAUAAAAGUGAAUUGGAGCCCUCCAAGGUGGAGCAUGGUGAGACUGAAGCUGAUGCUGUCAAAUCCAAAGUUGCAUCAGUAGAAUGUGCUGAGGAGCGGAUAGGGAAGCAAAAGUCACCUGAAACUGAGGCUCCCAAGGAUUGUGAGCCGGAUGUUUGUAUGUCCAGUUCCCAACCUCCUAAGCGUCCCAAAAUCAAAGAAUAAGCGUAUCAUCUGUUAAACCAGUGUUAGACUGACAAUCAUUCUUGAUUAUAGAAGGUUUUAAAUUUUAAGAUAGUCUUGGUUGCGAAAAAGAGCUUUUCUAGUCUUUUUUCUUUUUUCUUCUGAUCUUUAUAUUAUAAUAUUUACGUCGGCAUUGAAUAAUGCGAAUGCAGUCUGUUCUGUCUUGCU